AUGCAGGACGUUGUCCGAACACCCGUCUCAUCGCAGGACAAGUCUCCAACAUCAUCAGAACGAAGGGCAUCCGAACGGAGUGUUCGAUUUCUCAUGGAGACUGCCAAUGAAACCGCUUCCCGGCGUGCCUCAGCUACAUCUGCGUUGUCUAGAGACACCGAGAACAUGCAGGUCUCAGCAAUGGAGUGGCGAGACGAGUGCAACCUGUUGAAACAGCAGCUGGAAGCCCAAGAAAGACGUUUCCGAUUCCGGCUUGGAGGCACCGCGCUGGUUUUGUUGACGAUCCUGGCGGUGUCCGUGGUCGGAGAAGAACACAACAUUCAUGGGCUGCAGGAGAAGGAGCGACGGCUCACCGCCUUAGUCCAUGUCCUCGAAGAACAGCUCCUCAACAUUUCCAACUUCUCCAGCCAAAACAUCACGACGAUGCUUGAGUGA